GAAAAAGUUCAGCCUCAACGGCUUCGGGUUACUGCUGGGUUUUUUCUACUGCUAAAUUGGUGUUCUUCAAGGUCUUGGACUUGUCUGCACAAAGUCUAGUUUUUGGUUGGAAGAGAGAGAGAGAGAGGAUUCUGUUUGCUUUGCUUUUCCAGUUUAUUUUGUUUUCUGCAUUCUUGAAAUGAAUCACUCUACGGCAGACAGGGAUCAGAGAGCACCGGUUGAAGUUAGAAAGGAUAAGAAUGGAAUUGAUCAGGUGGUGCUUCAGAACUCCCGGGGGGCUUCAGCUCGGGUUAGCUUGCAUGGAGGACAGGUUCUUUCAUGGAAGACUGACCGGGGUGAAGAGUUAUUAUUCACUAGUAGUAAGGCAAUUUUCAAGCCACCAACAGCUGUGAGAGGAGGCAUCCCGAUUUGUUUUCCGCAGUUUGGAAAACGUGGAUUGCUGGAGCAACAUGGGUUUGCCAGGAAUAAGAUUUGGCUCAUUGAUGAUAAUCCUCCGCCUUUGCCAACUAAUUAUUCCCCUAGCAAGGCAUAUAUUGACUUGCUUCUUAAACCAUCAGAAGAAGAUCUGAAAGCCUGGCCGCAUAGUUUUGAAUUCCGUCUUAGGGUGUCUCUGACUGUGGAUGGGCAUCUCAACAUGCUAUCACGCAUUAGAAAUAUCAAUGGCAAGCCAUUUAGUUUCUCCUUUGCAUAUCACACCUACUUUGCUGUCUCUGAUAUCAGUGAAGUGAGGGUAGAGGGGUUGGAGACCCUUGACUAUCUUGACAACCUUUGCAACAGAGAACGUUUUACAGAGCAAGGAGAUGCCUUAACAUUUGAAUCUGAGGUAGAUCGAGUUUAUCUUAGUUCUUCAGAUGCAAUUGCAGUUUUUGAUCAUGAGAAAAAGCGGACAUUUGUAAUUCAGAAGGAAGGACUCCCAGAUGUAGUGGUUUGGAAUCCAUGGGAGAAGAAAUCAAAAUCCAUGGCUGAUUUUGGGGAUGAAGAGUACAAACAAAUGCUUUGUGUUGAUGGAGCAGCAAUAGAGAAACCGAUCGUGUUGAAGCCAGGGGAGGAGUGGACAGGCCGGCUGGAGCUGUCUGUUAUGCCUUCAAUCUAGUAACUCAAACAUCUUGAUCCCCACAUGAAGAGGCCUAUAUACUAAUAUAGAGAAAUAACUUGACGUUGUUUAUCUUCUAGUGGCAAUGUCCAAUGUCAUUUUAAGCAAGAUUUUCACAGCAGAAGCAAAUAAGAGGACACCACCUAGUAACUUCAAUGAACGUGGCAUGUAAAUUCAUGUAAUAGUAGUGGAGAGAGCCGUUUUAUAAUUUCUCCAUAGGUGGAAGUUGGAAAUUCUGUUUUAAUGUUUCACUGAAUAGGUCUAGCUUUGAAUUAUAUAUAUGUGGGCUUUGUUUUGUAGCGCCCCAUAACUGUAUAUGGUUUAUACGAUUAGUCAUGAAAUUGC